UGAUCGUCAGUUGGUAUACAAUACAAAAUAUGUUUAAGCUCUUGGUAUUAUCAGUUUUUUUGAAAGCCGCCAUGGCAGUUGAAUUUGAAAUAUUCAAUAAAGAAACGGGUCCAAUAUGGAUAGGAAUUCAAGGAAAUAGUGGAAAGGCUCAUUUGGAAGGUGGAGGAUUUGUUCUGGCACCAGGACAAAGGAGAUCUGUACAGUCCCCGCCAGACUGGGGUGGCCGUUUCUGGGCAAGAACUUGGUGCAACGCUGGAAAUAAUCAUUGUGAGACCGGAGAUUGUGGAAAUAAAUUACAAUGCCAAGGAGCUGGAGGAAGACCACCAGCUUCAUUGGCCGAAAUCACGCUAAAAGGAAAAGGACCGUUAGACUUCUACGAUAUUUCAUUUGUAGAUGGAUUUAACUUACCUAUUUCUUUUGAACCCGUGGGAGGUCAAGGAGAUGGCAGCCAAUACAGCUGCAAAAAGGCGAGCUGCAACAAAUACUUAAAUGGCGAGUGCCCUGGAGAACUUCAACUGAAGUACCAAAAUCAAGUGAUCGGUUGUAAAUCUGCUUGCGAGGCGUUCAACACUGACCAAUAUUGUUGCAGAGGUGCCUACGAUAAACCGGAAACUUGCAAGUCUUCAGAAUGGAAGGUGAACUAUCCUAAAUUCUUCAAGGAUAGAUGUCCUGAUGGGUACAGUUACGCCCAAGCAAUCGAAUUUCAAUUUGUAAAUAAAGAAAUCGGUGCUGUGUGGGUAGGAAUCCAAGGUAAUAGUGGAAAAGAAGCUUUGGCUAAUGGAGGAUUUAUACUGGAAGCUGGUGCAUCGACGUCCAUUCAAGCACCAGAAGACUGGGCAGGACGUUUCUGGGGCAGAACUUGGUGUGACCCAAACACCAAUUACUGUUUGACAGGUGAUUGUGGAAGUAGAAUAGAGUGCCAAGGUAAUGGCGGCGCGCCUCCAGCUUCAUUGGCAGAAAUCACGCUGAAAGGUGCCGGAGGGCUAGAUUUCUAUGAGAUUUCUUUGGUAGAUGGUUUUAAUUUGGCAAUAAGCUUUGAACCAGUUGAUGGCAGAGGAGACAGCAGUCAAUAUAGUUGCAAAAAAGCUGCAUGUGAACAACAUCUUAAUGAUGAAUGCCCUGGAGAACUCCAACUUGGUUCGCCAAAUGGUGUCGUAGGCUGCAAAUCAGCUUGUCUUGCCUUCAAUACUGACCAGUACUGCUGCAGAAACGAAUUCGGUACUCCAGAUACGUUCAAGAGCUUAACAUGGCCCGUAGAUUACCCAAAAUUUUUCAAGGAUAGAUGUCCGGGUGCAUACAGUUACGCUUACGAUGAUAGAAAGAGUACUUUUACCUGUGAAGCUGAAAAAUAUAUAAUCACUUUUGGUUUUUGAAGAACUAAUAAAAUUUAACAUUUUGUCACGCUAUAUGUGGUCUUGGUAGUUUUUAGACAAAAUCAUAGCUUAUAACUUUUCUGAUGACACCACAACGAGCUCUGGCUCGCCACGUUGUAUUCUGAGGUUCAACGUUUCAGUAAAGUUCGCUUGACUCAAAAUACAACUUGGUAGUAGAGUAAAGUAGCCGUAUGUGGAAUACUGCCUAAAAUGUGGAAUACUUUCUUUAAGGCAAAACUAAUACCGCCAUCUAUCAUCUAACAGCCUAAUCAGAAGCUAUUUCUAUUAUUUUUCACCGUCAUCAAAAUCCUGGAGCAUAUCGCGGCUGUCGAUUGUUUGCCAGUAUUGGUUCGAACACGAAUUGUAACGGUCCCUAUAUUUUUGCACGUGUUUAAUUAAGAAUCUAUUGUGACUCCAUUUUUGCAAGAUUAGUGUAUAAACGUAAAAAUAGAUGGUGGAUUAUUGUGAAGUGUGUUACAUAUUUCAUUAAAAUUUCGUUUUUAAUGUUUUACAAAUAUUUAAAAAGUCGUUAUUGUGGAAAAUAGUUUUCUUGUUUCAGAAAUGUUUCUGAGAAAUGUAACAGAACACAAAUAAUAAAUAAAUAAAUAAAAUAAAAUAACUUUAAUUAUCAAUAAUAU